AUGGCAGUAUCCACCACUUCGGGGGCCCCGAUAUACAAGGUCGCGUCGAUUCAGAUGCAUCCUGAACCCAUGAAAAUAGAAGCCAAUUUUGAGAAGGCAUCACGUUUCAUUCGCGAGGCAGCGGCUUUAGGCGCCACACUGGCUGUUCUUCCCGAAUAUCAUCUCUUAGGAUGGGUGCCCCAAGACCCAGGUUUUAAGACCGCCUGCGCCGAUUGGGAGAAGUACCUUGAAGGAUACAGAGCGCUAGCCAAGGAGUGUGGCAUCAACAUUGUACCUGGCACCAUCGUUGAGCUACACGAUGCAGGCACGGCCUCACAGAGGCUCCUCAAUGUCAGCUACUUCAUCACUAACGAGGGCAAGGUCGUGGGAAAGUAUGUGAAGAAGAACCUCUGGGGUGCGAUCGAGCGUGAUCACCUAACAAGCAGUGCAAAGGAUCCUCACCCGGUGUUUGACACGCCCCUGGGCAAGGUCGGCAUCAUGAUCUGCUGGGAUAUAGGUUUUCCAGAAGCCUCACGCGAAAUGAUCGCGCAAGGAGCCAAGAUCAUUGUUGCUCCGGCUUUCUGGCUGCUGUCCGAUACCACCGAUGCUGGGCGGAAAAUCAACCCCACCGCAGAGAGGACUUUUCUCGACGCUGUGUUGACGGCAAGAUGUUUUGAAAAUACCUGUGCCAUCAUCUUCUCGAACGCUGGCGGCCCCCCUGGUUGGGAUUAUGCUGGAGGCUCUCAGAUAUGCGUUCCCUUCGCGGGCCCCGUCGCACGCCUCGGCAGCACUGAGGGUAUGGUCGUGGCCGAAUUGGAUAUGGGCGCCGUGGAGGAGGCCGAAAAUUGUUAUCAAGUGCGCGCUGAUCUGGCAAGAGAUGACUGGUACUAUUCCUACCGACACACACAAAACGCGGGUUCAUAA